UGAAACGUGGUCACAGCGUAUACGCACAGCUAAUAACUGCUUAGAUAUUUGGAUAAAUUGAAUAUCCUUUCAAACACCAUCAAAAUGCGGUUGAUGCUCGCCUUGGUUUGGGUGACCCUAACCACAGCGACGAUCAUCCGUUAUACUCCCACUAAGAUACUCCUUGCUAAACUAGAAGGUGCGACAUUAGACAAAAAGGACACGGCACCAGCCAGUACACAAUAUCAUGAACAGGACUCGGGCGGUUUCUACUCGUAUGGUUAUAGUGCAGGACGAUCCGCCAAAGCCGAGUAUCUCACACUGGACGGUUCGUCGCGCGGUUUCUAUUCGUAUGUUGAUGCGGAUGGAAAACUACAGACUGUGAAGUAUGAAGCUGGGCGGAAUCAGGGUUUCAAGGCUGCAGUUACAAAUUUGCCAAAGGCACCAACUAAUCCUAAUAGAGUGGCGCCGCUGCCAGUACGAGAUACACCAGAGGUGCAAGAGGCAAAGAAAGCACACUUUGAGGCAUACCGUGAAGCGGAAUUGAGAGCGGCGUUAGCGUCUCAAAACGAAGCUGCUCGUCUCGAAGAGCUGAGUUUGGAAGAGCCACAAAGAUCUGAACGUCCGCAACAGGAGGUGGCAGACAUUUUGGAGAGCACAAGAAGUAAAAUAUUAGCCAUAUUAUCAGAGGGUGCCAGUGCAGAAAAUAAUAGCAAUAAUUUAAAUGGUAAUGCAGAGGAAGAGCUUAAUAUUGAUGCAGCUCAGAACCAAGAAGAGGAGGUAGAAAAUGCGGACGAUGAGGAUAAUAGUGAAUUAUUGUCCAUAGAUAGUUUACAAAUUUCACAAGACGGCAGGGAAGCUAACGAAGAGGAGGGUAACUCUAGUGAUGCAGACAACAUCACAAUAGAAAAUGGGGAGGAGGAAACUGAAGCAACGGCGGCGUCGAGAGAGUUGUCUAGUGCGGAACGGCAAAUGACAACUUACAAGCUGACCGAUUUGGAAAACUCAGAUGAUCAUUCGGAUUCACGUGCAUUAUACACGUUCGAAAGCAGCGGUGAGAGCUCCAAAAAUUUACUACGACUGACGGAAUUACAACAUAAGUCCGACUUGUCUUUGGCGCAACCGAAGUUAACCACCAUCGAAACUGUACGUGUGCCAGUGCAUUCGUAUUAUACAGUAUUGGCGCCAAGAACGAAAUAUACAGUUGUAACACCCACAACACACCAGCUGGUGCCGCGUGAGGAGGCACUCAAACGUGGUCACAGCCUGCCAAUUUCACUAAGUAGUUCCUUCUUAUCGCACCGGCUAAGCUCGAAGAAAAAACUACAAAGCAAAAAAAUUGCAAUGCAGUUUCGUUUAGUAUACUUGUCUGCUAUUUUGACGCUGGCUGCUGCUGAUGGUUAUUACUAUGAGACUCCUGUUGCACGUACGCCUUUAUUCUGGAGCGCCUCGACGCCUGCGCGCCAAUAUCAAUAUCACACGCAAGACAACUUUGGUCAAUACACAUAUGGUUACGCUGAGCCACUUUCCACUAAGCAGGAAGUGCGCACUCUGGACGGCAUCACUCGCGGCUCUUAUUCUUACAUAGAUGCAGCAGGCAAAUUACAGACCGUCGCCUACACAGCGGAUAUCGACGGUUUUCGUGUGUCGGCUACGAAUUUGCCAAAACAGCUUUUGUCUGCGAAUGAAAAAGUACCAUUAGAUGCAGCACAAUUUGUGCAGGAAACACCUGAGGUGGCGGCGGCACGCCUACAGCACUCGGCUGCUCAUCGGAUAGCGAAAUUACGUUUAGAACAAAUUUCUACAGCUGCUACUUCAAUUGCUGGUCCAUCUUCAAUAAUGAAACCAUCAUCUGAUGGUAUUGAAAAACGUGUAGAGCGUCUCGAUAUACUGCCGAAACCUGUCGAGGAUACCCCGGAGGUUGCUGCUGCCAAGGUAGAGUUCUUCAAACGUUACGAGGAGGUAAAACAACGCAAUGAGAGAUUGCGCCAGAAGCAGCAACAAAUUUCUGGUUAUACAUUAGUCAAGUCGCAACCUAUAACCGUAGCUGUGCCUUUGCCUAAUUACAAGCUGUCCAACAGUCCAAGCGGCGUUCUCCGUUAUGAAGCUGUUGUGCCGUCGAAUAGUCGCGAAUAUUUGCCCAUCACAGAAUUUAAUUUAUAA